GCGCUUCACUUCUAUGGGGCGAAGGGGGCGGCUGGCGGCGGCCGCACUUCAGGUCUCUGUUUAUCUACUCCAGGGUCACCAACUGAUGGGAUGAAAUUAAAAAGAGAUCCCUGGACAUGACUCAUAAAUGUUUCAUUAGGAUGAAACAAAUGAGUUUUGGUCUUUCCUGCAUUGGACUGGGCAGACUGGAUUCAGAAAGGACAGAGGCUUGACGCUGAGGCAUAGACCACAUUUGCUACUGGAAUAAGGCAACUGCAAUGGAAAAAAUAUGUUCUAGUCCCGGGAACAACUGACGAUACAAAGGACAAUGCACAGUGUAUAUCCAGAUGACAUUUUGUGUGCUGUGACAUGGUUUUUGCCAUGGCAUCUGAGACUGAAAAGGCCCAUGCUCUUCUCCAGACUUUCAGCACAGCUUCAGUUAUUUCUAGCCUAGGUUUGGGAAUAUUCUGCUUUGUAGCAGACAGACUUCUGCAGUUUUCCUUCAUUCAGCAGAAUGACUGGCUCCGAGCCUUGUCUGAUAAUGCAGUGCAUGGUAUACUGGGAAUGUGGUCCUGGGCAAUAGUGAUUGGACUCAGGAAGAAAAGUGACUUCACUGAGGUCACUCUGGCUGGCUUCCUCGCCUCUGUCAUUGAUGUGGACCACUUCUUUCUUGCUGGCUCCCUGUCAUUAAAGGCUGCUCUGACUCUUCCACAGAGACCACUUCUUCAUUGUUCUACUGUGAUUCCUGUUGUGGCUCUGACAUUAAAGUUUAUUAUGCACCUUUUCAGGCUUAAGGAUUCAUGGUGCUUUCUUCCCUGGAUGUUGUUCAUAUCCUGGACUUCUCAUCAUGUCCGUGACGGGAUUCGUCAUGGUCUCUGGAUCUGCCCGUUUGGAAAAACUCCUCCUUUGCCAUAUUGGCUGUAUGUGGCAAUUACAGCAUCUUUACCUCAUCUAUGUUCAUUUAUUAUGUAUUUAACAGGCACUAGAGAAUUAAUGUCUAUAAAACAUGGAAUCCGCAUUGAUGUGUAAGAAUGAUGGUUCUUAAAGCUUGUUUGUAUUAGCACUUGAAAUAAGCUGUCUGUUUAUCACUGAAGUGGUUUCCUUAUGUUUCCUAUGACUUCUGAGUUAGGCAUUUUAAGCCUGUGGAGCCAGUUAAAGCUCCUGUGUCAAUUCCUUGUGGUCACAGAAACCUAUUUAAUGAAUGGUAAUAAUUUUAAAUCUAUACAGUCCCCUUAUAAAAUAUGUGGUCUUCCAUUAUAGUUCAUGCAUAGCUAGUUGAUUUAUAAAGUACUUAGUCUCUCUCUGUAGUGAUUACAUUACAUUUUACUGUCAUCGUGCCGUUCAUCUGAUCACCAUUCACUUUAGAUUUGUAUUCUGCAUUUAGAUACCACUUUUCAUCUAGACAGCAUUUGUAUAGUACUUUAAAAAUGUAAAGUACUAUAUAAUUGCUAAUUACUAGUGAGAAUUUAGUAGUGUAUGGCACUCCUAAAAAAUAUCAGUUAUCCUUUUGAAUUUAUUUGUUUUCCUGCUGGACUCUUCUAUUCAGUUGUUUUAAAAGAAAUGCUGUUUGUAUUUCACAACAUGCAGCUGUAUACCUGCACCUCUUUGAACACUGCUAUCAUACCGUGUUUCUACUAAAUUCUAUUCCUCUGUAGUUGCUUGGUACUCAAUUUGCAGAUAAUUACUAGCUAUUAUUUGUGGUUAGGAGAAGGCAGUUCGGUUACAGUAUUAUGUCUGUUGGCCAAAUUGUUUAAUUUUAAAAAUAUAGUAAUUAUGAAUAUUAUUUAAUUUGGAACUAAGGAAUUUUAGUAAAUAUUUAAGGAUUGUGUAAAGGCAAACUUAUUUAUUACAGUAAAACAUAAGCUUUAGGGAAGAUUCAGGAAGAUACAAGAAAAUAAAAAUUGCUCAAAAUGUGAGUUUGCUUAAAGAUCUUACUCUUUUACUCAUAAACAGCAUUUUCCAUUAAGUGCAAUAUUAUCCUUAUUAUUGUAAAAUAAAAUGCAUUAUUUGGAAAUAGAAAUUUCCUCGUAAAUAAAUUUCUUAAGGAAAAAUGUUAUGUUGCAGGUUCGUAACAUAGUCAUUUGCACUGUGGAUUGUUCAAAGUAACAGUUUUCAUUUACAGAAAUUUCUCAGAAAAAGUCCCAAAGUAAAAAUUAAGAUCUUGUUUAGUUUACAGUGUACACGCUGAGAAAUGUCUAUUAAUGUUUAUUUUUUAUUCAUUGAACUCCAUUGCCCUUUAAGGAGAUGGGACUUAAUUACUGCAGUUUGUGAUGAAUAGCUGCCAAAAGGGAUUAUUUUUAUGGAAGAAUAUAUAUAGGGUAGCAUGUGCUGAACUUAAAUUAUCAAAGGGUGCAAAGAUUAGGUGAUGUGUU